AUGGGCAAGACACGACUUGCCAAGUUUUACGUUCCGUGCGACGACGCCGAACGGGAGCGAAUGAAGCGAGAUGUACAUGCACUCAUCAACAGCCGCGAUGCCCGCCUCUCCAAUUUUGCCUCCUACGGCUCGCUGCAGCUUGUCUACCGUCGCUACGCCGGACUGUUUUUCUGCUUCGGCGUUGAGAAGGACGACAAUGACCUCCUUUACCUGGAGUUCAUCCACCUGAUGGUGGAGGUGCUGGAUAUGUUCUUCAAAAACGUUUGCGAGCUGGAUCUCGUGUUUAACUUCCACAAGGUCUUUCUCAUCAUAGACGAGAUGAUUUUGGCGGGAGAGGUGGAGGAGGUCUCGCGCGCCGUUAUUCUAGAUCGCCUCAACAGGUUGGAUAUCACAAACGCGUGA